AGAACUAUAUACGAUAGACCUUAUUUACAAGUUAGUUAUCAUUUUACGGAAGAUUAAUACUUAUUUAAUUGAUAACUUAUUUUGUUUCACUGCAUUUAUGUUUUUAUUGGGAAUUGUUUUUAGACUAUCAUAUAAACAUGGCGAACGACGAUAGUAAACCGAAAUUUCUUCCCCGUCAUUUACAAAGAUCGCAACCUGCUGUUGCUCAAAAAUCAAAACGAAGGGUAACAGUUGAAGACGAAAAUGCGGGCGAUGAAGAAUCAGACCGCAGAAGUGUGUUUGAACGUCUUGGACCAGGAGGUUCUCAGAGAAACGAGGUAAAAAUGAAAGUGGCAUUUCAUGGUAGGGGUUACCCCCAGCUCAGCCAUGGUAGGUACUUCGGUAAAAAAAAAAAAAAUGAUUUUAAACUAUAAAAAUUGUACAGCUGAAUAGAGCAAACAUCAAAUAAUCAAUUGAAACCAUAAUCAACUUUCUAGCUUUAGUAAUUUUUAGGCAUACAUUUUUAAAGUUUACGGCAAGGGAGACUACUUCACUAUUUGUAUGGGAAUCGGUGCAGAAGAAUCCGAGUUUUUAAUUUUUGGAGGUUGGGGCUUUUUCUUUGAUGAAAGUAGGUACGUUGACAAAAAUUUUAAAUAUUGUUCAAUUGCCGCAAUCAUUUUCAAGGGCUAGCUAUAGGCUAUAACUAUUUUGUCGUAAAAUUAUUAAAAUUGUGGUUUUUAUCCAUGGUAAUACUAUUCGGAAAUGGGCGCCGACGCAAUAGAAUAUUAUAGAAUUCGAGUUUUAAAUUUUUUUAUGUGAGUGUAAUUUUAAUGAAACAUGAGUCCUUUUGGCCCAUAAUUAAGGUCAGACUCUGUCCAUUCACAUUAGGAGAAAUGUUGACGUACAUUCCCAUUGAAUUUUUUUUAGUUCUUUAUAUCAACUUUAAGUGAGGAAAAUCGUAUGUCGAUAUAAGGCAGGAGUCUCAAACUCAAAUCAUCUGGGGCCGCAGGAGGUAGAGUCUGAUCAAGACUGGGCCACAUCAAGUAUUACACGAAAAACCGAUCACAAAGUCAUUAAAGUACAACUUUUACAAUCCGCCCAACCUUUAUAAAAAACAAAUAAAAACAUUAAAGGUUCUCAAAAACUAGGUUUCACUUUCUUCGUCCUACUCAUUGUUGCCAGAGACCUGGCAGCGCUUCUUCUUACACAGCUGAGCAACAUUUGGCUUCAGUUUGGAAGCAACUGAGACCCUCAGUAAAGCUUGAAGAUGCUCAUCAGUAAUUUUGGCCCUGAACUUUGACUUAUUAAAGUUCAUAGUGGAAAAGAGCUUUUCACACCGAUAGGUUCUCCCCAAAAAAGGCACAUGAUUCGCUUGAACAACCUCGAAAUAUCAGGGCAGGUGGAGGGCAAUGCUGUCAUAAAUUGUCCAUGCUGGUCUGUUUUUACAUUCACAUCCCUGAACUUAGAUUUUCACUGAAUAUCAACCAGUUCCAUUUGAAGCGUAAAAGGGGGGUUGGGGGCAUCUUCCACGUUAAAGGAUAAAGGGUCAGCUAAAUGCUGAAAAGUGGCUGUGUGUGUUUUGAAGUCUAAAAACAUGUUAUCAAAUUCUUCUUGUAGCUUUGCAAUGGCAUCAGUAUACUUACUACUAAGUUAGACUCUUAAACUGAAUGGUGUGUCCGAGUCCAUGAGUACUUUGCAUGUUGGGAAAUGGCAGAGGUUUCUCUAAGAGCCAUAACACAAGUUUUGUGCAGAAUGCCAUGACAUUGUCAUGGGCAAUGGGCAACACUGACAAGCUACCCCUGGUCUUGUAACUUCUUGUUGAGUACAUUCAGCUCCUGUGUAAUGUCAACAAGAAAAGCCAAGUCGAUGAGCCAUUAGGGAUCACUUACUACAGGAACAGCCACCCGAUCCUUCUCCAUGAAGGCUUUCAAUGCUAAAACGUGUUCAAACAGUAGGCAGAACCAGGCAAUAUUUAUGAAUUAUUGAUGCAAAGGGAGAAGCUAAUUAAAAGGCUGUCAUAGUUUCUAUGUAGUUUAUAUUUAAAAUCAACUGAGAAAUUAUUUGAUAAUUUUAUCAUUAUAAAAAAUUUCAUGAUUCAGUGUUUAUCAAUUUGAUAUAACAUUGUAUCUUUACAAGACUUAAAACCAGCUGGAUGCCAUUUAAAUAACACCAAUUGCUCUGCUUUCAUUAUGGCUCCAAAUUUUAAAAAAAAAUGUUGUAUUAAGCUUAUCUUUAUCAAAAUUUGCUUUAUUUAAAGGCAGAUGUUUUUAUUAUUUUUAUUAUAGCACAUUUGUAAGUCAUGUACUGUUUAUUGAAAUGUCUUGUUUUCUUUUCUGUAAAAGAAAAAGCCAUGCUUUGAAUUCCAAGAAAAUGGAGAAUGUCAGUAUGGCAAAGCCUGUAUUUACAGUCAUGUUGUGAAAGAGCAUUGUAAAAGGUGAUUAUAAAUAAUUUACCCAAACACAUUUUUAUACUUAAAAAUAAUAUGUUAUAUUCAAUUAAUUUUAUUUGGCAUUAACAACAAUAAAAAAUGGUAGUUGAAGGAUAAUUCUCUCAAAAGUUUUAUUCACAUAUUUUUAACUGCAUUUAUAAUAUUAGAUUUAUUAGAACCAAAACUAAGACCAUCGGUGAACGCUCCUUCUACUUCCAUGGGCCCACGUUCUGGAACCAGCUCCCCUUCCAUAUCCGUCCUUGUGAAACUUCGUCCUCUUUCAAAAAGUCCCUUAAAACCCAACUGUUUAGGUCCGCCUAUGACCUGUGAUGCACCCUCCUUGCCCUGCCUCAUUUUCUGUCUCGGGUUGAUCCUGUAGUAUAGGCCAAAACAUGCCAAAGUGUCCUCGUUUUAUAGCCAUUUUAAUUGUUUCUAUAGUAUAGUAGUUACUAUGCUAUCAUUUUUAUUUUACUUAGUUUACAUGUUUUUAAUAAUUGUAAAGCGCUUAGAGCUUUAAGGUAAGCGCUAUAUAAAAAUGCCUAAAUAAAUAAAUGUGUCAGUCAGACAAGUUGUGAAUGAAUGAUUUUUGUUACGCAUUAUUCUCAUGAAUGUAAAACAAUUAAUUCUAGCAGGGACAAUGAUGCAAGCCCAGACAACUUGAAAUUAAAAUUUAAAGGGGGUAAGGACAGGGAGAAUAAGGUCAAGUCCCAAGUUGUUGUGCGUGGUAAAGCUGGAGGGGGAAGUGAUGAUGACACAGGGGAUGACUCAGAAGAUGGAUGGUCUAUGGAUAGUAAGUAAAGAUUAAACAAAUUGCCUGCAAAAGUGCAAACGCUUUCUUUUUCAAUAAAUCUAUUUUAACUAAUACAUAAUAUUUUUUUUUUAAACCGCUUGCCGCAUACCUCUCAUCCUCUUAACAUAUGAAACACUUUAAGAUCAAAGAUCACUGAAAAAUAUAAAAGUCUCAUGCCUUAUCCUGAACUAAAUAAAUUAAUUUAACGUCUACAUUUUUAUUGAGACAUUUUAUUGAUGUUUCAGGGAAAUAUAACUUUUUACUACUUUUUGGCCGUUUGAAGUUUAAGCGUACCGGUUGGCCAUUUGAAUUUUAAGUGUACUGGUUGGCUGUUUGAUUUUCAAGUGUAAUGGUUGGCAGAUAAGGCAUGACACCUCAAGAACAAAUAUAUCAUUGUUUUUUUAAAGUUAAACUUAUGUUUAAAUAAAGUUGUUGAAAACUUUUUAAACUCAGAGCUGGAGGAUAAAAAAGAGUUGGAGCUUGAACAGAAACGUCUUGAAAUUCAGAGAGCUCUAGAGGCACUUGAGGCUGUGGAGGAAGUUCCUCCAAACACUAGAAAGGUAAUUGUUUACAAAUAAAUGCACAAAUCAUCUUGUAAACAUAUAUUUGUAGGAUCAUUAUAUCGUACUUUUUUCAUAGAGAAUGAAGAAUUUUUUCUUUUGUGUUACAUUAUUACUCUAGAAUAAUUUUUUUUUUUUUUUCCCUAAAUUGUUAAUUUAUAAAAUUUACUGCAUAAGUUCAAAGAAUUACAAGUCAUGUUUACUUACAUUAAAACUUUGUGUUAAAAUAAAUGCACAAAUCAUCUUGUAAACAUAUAUUUGUAGGAUCAUUAUAUCGUACUUUUUUCAUAGAGAAUGAAGAAUUUUUUCUUUUGUGUUACAUUAUUACUCUAGAAUAAUUUUUUUUUUUUUCCCUAAAUUGUUAAUUUAUAAAAUUUACUGCAUAAGUUCAAAGAAUUACAAGUCAUGUUUACUUACAUUAAAACUUUGUGUUACUUACAGUCAGAUUCAUCCAGCUCUGAUAGCAGUCCAGAACGAGCUCAUAAAAAGAAAAAAGACAAACCGAGGUUAGUUUUUAUUAGGCAUACAUAUUUUUUUUAUGAUGACUUACCUUUAUAUGUUCAUGUAUCAGUUGUGGUACAUUUUGUAUAAAUAAAGUGUAGGGCAGACUAUGGGCAUUGAUUUUUUUUUUCAAAGCCUACAUAAUUAACAAGCAGGAUUCUUUGAAACUGUUUCACACUUAUAUGUCUAUUAAAAUGUUAAAAAUGUGAGCAUAAAAGUGUGAAUUGUGCAUUAAUGAAAACUUCCAAAGCUUUAUCACACAUUGCAUUUACACCAAUGUUUUGCAGCUCCAUAUUUCCUCUGUCCGUAAAUUUCCUAGACUUGGAACAUCUGAAAAUUGCAGUGAAAUUUGUCUGAAUCGUAUAUAUUUUUUUUUCCUUUUUUAUUCUAAAAAGUAUAAAAACCAUACAAAGUACUGGCAAACUGUAUAGGUUGACAUGAAAGUAACCCUUGACCUAUAACCUUAGCAUAUCUAAAAUUUUAUUAGUUGUACAUUCAUUAUAUCAUUAUCAGUGGCACUACAACUCACUCCACCACAUCCUUCCAUUCAGAUCGAUCCAUGGCUUUCCGCCCCCAUGCGCAAACCCCCAUCUGGUUUAAGCCCUUCUCUACAUUUUCAAUCCAUCUCAGUCUUGGUCGACCGGUGAGCUGUCUGCCCCUAGGUUUCUGCCUGUUUUUCACUCUUGCUGCUCUACACUCCGGCAUCCUUUCAAUAUAUCCUGUCAGCGCAGUCUACCUUUUUUUAUUGUUGCGACAUUUUCGAGUUCCCUGAAUGCUUUAAUUAUAUCAUUUCUGUUUCUGCCCAGUAGUGCUAUAUCACCCGCGUAUGCCAAGUACAGCAAUGGCUGGCUAUAUAAAUUUCCUGGUGGUUGUUGUUCUGCAAUACCUCUCUGGAAGUAGUAUGUAAUGGUUCCACUGGUGCUCACAUGUAUGCUUCUAAUAACUUUUUCUAGCGCGAUUCAUUAUUUAGUGAAUCACCUUGUCUGAGGCCCUGAUUAACUGGGGAACUCCUUCGAGUUUUCUUUUUUAAAUGCAAAGAUCACAUCUUUUAUUUCAUUCAGUGUUGAUUGGUUGACCAAUGGGUCCGGUCCUCCUUGUGGUAGAGCAUAAUCCUCAUUGGUUCCGCCACCUUAGCCAUUCUCUAGUAACCUACUGCUCUCUGUGAUCAGUUCUGCACCCAUACUUUCACACAUGUGGGAUUUUGCUUGAAAGGCGUUCUUGUCAUGCUUUAUCUUCUGAUACACUCCCCUCAUAUCUCUUUCUUUUGCCAACUCUUUUAUCUCUAAUAUUUUUUAUUUUCCCCUUCUUGUUUCAUUAAAUAAUCGCGUGUUCUUCUUGUCUCCCUUUGCAGCAUCAUUAGCAGAGCUUUUUUUCUUUCUUCUUAAUGCAUCCUACAUCCUGUUCUUUUCACUGUCUGUUUAAAUCUUAUUGUUUCCUCUGUUACACUUUUAACUAUUUGCUUAUAUUAAUGUUGCUGCUGGAUUUCCUUUUGAAUAAUUCUGGUUAAGUUUCAAUCUUCUGUUGAUAUUCCUCAGUAAUUUUUGGGUCCCUGCAUAAUUUCUGGCUGUUGUACUGUUUUUCUCUUUUAUUUUGUUAAUUGUGCAUGUUACAAAUUAUUUGUUUAUACUUAUCAGUCCGAUAGUUUGUAUGAGGUUUAGCUUUCAUAACAUUUAAUUUUUUAGGUGCUAGCGUUGCCAGCCCUGCACGCAACCGUCUAGUGGGAUGCCCCUUGCAGCUGUCAGGGCAGCUGCUUUUGUAUUGGGUCGGGUCCCUAGCCUACAAGGUAGUAGGUUCUGAUUUUGGUCCACUCCGGGUAUUUUAUUUCCCUGGUACCCACCAUAUCUGGGGAGGCGGUCGUUGGAAGAUCAGUAUCUCCUCACGAGAUGCAUUCAUUAUGUUAUAUUUAAUUUAAUGAAUGUAUACAGCCAGUCUUAAAAUGUGACCUAAAAAAUUACAUUGUUUCUUUUCCUGUGAAAAACAUUGCAGAAACACCUGUGGUACAUUUAAUUCAGUCACCAAAUUUAUUAUUUGAAUCCAGGGGCAUACUACUCAACCAAUAUGGAUUCAAAUUUCAAGUUAACUCAAACAAUAUUUUUCCACAGUAAAAAAAAAGAAAAAAAGAAGCACAAGAAGCCUUUAGCAGACAAAGAGCAGACUGUAGAUAAAUCAAAGGAAGGGAAAAGAAGGUAAAAUGAUUUCAUUUCAAAACUUAGAAAUCAUAACACUACAUCAGAUAAAAAUUGACCUAAUUUAAUAGCACACAAGCCAAGAGCUGCAUAAGUUCUAGCGAUCAGUUUUGUGUCUUCCUAUUCUUGUUGAUUUGAUCUAGAAUUCUGUAUUAAAGAUACAUUUCCGGGAAUAAUGAUUGUUAUAAUAAAUAUCUUUCAUCUGACCCAUGUACUCUUAUAAUUUUGGGAUAUAAUUAUGAUUUUGAGAUGUCUUUUACGAUUGUAUUUUACUGUUAUGAUUUUGGGAUAUUAUGAUUUUGAGAUGUCUUUUACGAUUGUAUGCCCAGACCCGUAAGAACUACGAUUUUAGAGACCCAGAGUUUUUGGAUAUUAAAAACAAUACAUUAAAUUUUCCAGUUUUGAAGUUUUAGCCCUCUCAAUAAACACCUGGCAGGUGGGAGUGUCAAAGGAUGUAAAAAUAUCCCAGCACUAUUUGGUAAUGAUGGUGAAGAUUGUUUGUCUUGUUGUUGCUGUAUGUGUCACAAUGAUCUAGCUGGUUGCUGCAACAUUUAUAUUUAACCUGGUCACCCUAGUCGACCUAGCAACCACUUUACUCCACCAUCCGUCUGUGUCUGCUGCCAUAGGUGUGACGUAGUUUUGUGACAUAAUCAGGCCUAUUUUGUUCAUCUGAUCCUCAGUGAUUGUGAAUACAGAUACAGCUAGGGAUGUUUGUUUUUUUUUUUUAUAAAAGUAAUUUUAAACUGUUACAGACCUGUUUACUAUUAUGAUUUUGGCUUAUAAUGUAUGAUUUUGAGGUGUAUACAUUAUAUAUACUGUUUGCUUCUUUUUUUUACUAUUAAGAUAAUGUAUUGAACGAUUUUGUGAUGAUAUUGUACGAUUUUAAGAGUUUGAUGGUAAACAGGUCUGCUGUUAUGCACAGGAACGCGGGAUUUCUAAAUAUUUUAUAAUAUCUAGUUAGAUGUAUUUGAAAUAUAUUUUUAGAACUUGCCAAGGAGUUCUAUCCCCUCAGUGAUCUAUCCCCAGUACAUGUUUAAUACAACAGUUUGGUAGAAGUUGGUUCAUUGACUAUAGUUUUGAAAAACAAUAUAUCCAAGUGAGUGAAUAACUAAAAUUCUCCUAACAGCAUUUUUUUAUAAAUACUUUCUUAAAUAUUGUUUGCAUAAUUUCUGAACACAGACAUGAUUCAGGUGAUGACGAUGAAGAUCUUGUGCCCCACAAAAAACGUAAGAAGAAAAUUAAGGACAAGAAACAUGGAGAUGAGCCCCCUCUCCCAGCCGUCGUCGAACCUGCUUCCAACAAACAUAAGAAGGCACAAGUGACUAAAGGUGCCAAGGCUGAUCUGUAUGAUCCUGAAUCUCCAACAUCGAUUGCACGUGAUGAUACUCCCAUUGGUUCGUUUACUUAGUUUGAUAUAGUGUUGGCUUAUUUCAAAAUAAAUCUGACUUUUCAAUAAUGUAAGCGAAACAGAUAUUGAGACUCAUGUUAAAGCACCCAUUGAUUAGUUAAUGUCUGAUAUAAUAUCAUUGUUUUAUUUAUGCAAAAUCUGACAAGUAUGUUAAUAAUGAUAAAUUUGUAUUAUGUAGAGAUGGUUUUUUUUCUUCUCUAUAUCAGAUAAACGAUUGCUUUCUGAAUCCCCUAAAACAAAAGGGAAAGGCAAGAAGAAGAAAAAGAAAAUGAAAAAUCAAGGGGAUCCACCAGAAAAAUUCAAGAAGUUGGUAUCGCCCCUGAAGAAGGUGCUGAAGUUGAAAAGAACGUCCAUCUCAAAAAUAGCCUCCAGACGUUCCAGAUCUGCCAGUCGUGAUACUCAUCCCAGGAAGCACUCUAGGUCAAGAUCUUCAUCAAAGUCUUCAGGCAGCUCUAGCUCUCACAGUCCAGGCAUGUUGCUUUAUUUAUUUAUUUAUUUAGGCAUUUUUAUAUAGCGCUUAUCAUAAAGCUCUAAGCGCUUUACAAUUAUUAAAACAUGUAAACUAAGUAAAAUAAAAAUGAGACACUAGGAUAGUAACUACUAUUCUAUACAGAAAAUGAGGUAGGGCAAGGAGGGUGCAUCACAGGUCAUAGGCGGACCUAAACAGAUGAGUUUUAAGGGACUUUUUGAAACUGGACGAGGUUUCACUAUGACGUAUAUGGAAGGGGAGCUGGUUCCAGAACGUGGGCCCAUGGAAGCAGAAGGAGCGUUCACCGAUGGUCUUAGUUUUAGUUCUUGGGAUUGAGAGGGUUCUACUGUCAAUGGAAGAACGUAGUUGUCUUGUGGGGAUGUAAGGAAGCAACAGAUCAGAGAGAUAGACAGGAAAGUGAGGGUCAGUGAACGAUUUGAAGCAAAGCUUUACAGUUGAAUCUUAGCAGCCGGUUAAUAUAGUGCUUUUGGGAACAGUUUAAAAAUUGUGAACAUAUUGCCCUUAUAAUUCUAAUUUGAUUAUCAUCAUUUUUAUGAUCUCAUGUACUUCAAUCAACCUACCGUUAUAUGCCCCUGAUCUUAAGAUACGCCUCUGACCCUUCCCUAUUUAACAUAAUGUUCGGGAAUAUUUUGGGUUCACAGAGAUGCACAGCUGCUGCCUAACGUGUGUCCCUUUUUAGUUGUGUUUAUUUCUGUUAUUGUUAUUCUUAAGCCAACUGUUUGUAUCAAUGUAACCAACUGGAAGUAGGAAAUUAAUGUCCUCUUCACUUUAAAUAUAUUUCCUCUUCUGUAUUGUAAGGGUCGCGAUCAAUGUACUGAUCAUUCUGGCUCCUAUUUAUGCACAUGGGAUUCGCAAUGUUUCGCUGGUAUUGAAGAGAAUAUUUCACUGGUUGCAAGGGCUACUUGCAAGAGUAACUGGGGGUUGGGAGGUCUGAGGCAAUAGACGCAAAUGUGUCAAGUGUUGUCGCCUCAACUGUGGCUUUUGGAAGCUUGUUCCAGUCCAUGAUUGUCUUUGACAGGAAUGAGCAGUUCCUGUACUGUGUUCUUGCUGGUAUGAGCCUGAACUGCCUGUCAUUGCCUUGUUGCUGUCUAGGGGGAGAGGGACAAGUUUCUGUUUAGUGUUUGAGUAGAGGACCAGCCCAUUUUUUAAUUAGUUUGUGGUAAUUCAUGUUUCAUGGAGUUAGGAGUUGUAAUCUGUAUGAACUUAGCAUUGUUGCUUAUAUUAGUGUAACUGGUGUUCUCAUUUUCAUAAUUCUUAUGAAGAUCAUUUCUUAUGCAGGUUAAUGUAAAACUGUAUAAGCCACAUACUAGUAAUUCUAGUGUGUAUUUAAAUUGGUUGUUCUAUAAACCUUGCGCUUGGAUUCCUACUAAAGUCUUAGACUUUGUUUUCAACUCUUUAACUGAUGCAUAUGUAAUUAGAUUUAAAUGGUCUAAUGUACUUUUCUUAUUACAUGUAUUAAGUUAUGCCCUACCCCUAAUGUAUUAUUUAGACCAACCCCUUGACAAAAGAAGCAAGCACUAUAGAUGGGUUUAAAUAUAAAAGGGCAUGUAAAUAAAGCAAAAUACAACUCUUUACGAAUGUCUACAUAAACAUAGGUUCUUUUACAUAAAAAAAAAAUUCUGACUUGAGUCUUGUUCACAGUUGCAAUGCCUCUGUGAUGUUAUGAUUUUAAUAAAUAAUUUACAAACACUAUUGUUGCCAGACUGCUAAAUAAUGAGAUCAAUAGGAUUAUCUGAAGUUAUGGAAAGAAAAUUGCAUAUUUUGAUUUGCACAUUCUUCAAAUAAUUAUCAAAAAAUAACUUUUUUUAAAUUAAAUAAAUAAAUUUAUUAAUUUUAUUCUUUUGUAGAAAAUCUGAAAUCUGGAAAAAUGUGUUAAAUUUUUGAAUAUUUAAUCAAUUCCAAUUUAUGAAUUCAGUUAUUUUUUAUUGGUUGCAGUCAGUGACACAAUAUAUUCUUUGUAUUACUAAUUGUAUGUAUCAAAUGCACAGUAUAUAUAUAUAUAUAUAUAUAUAUAUAUAUUUAUGGGUUGUAUUUUUACAAUUAUUAUCUCAAAUAUUAAAAAAUGUAUAUAUUAAUAUUAUUAACAGUAAGGAGAAGGAAAGGUCAUGAUACUGGCAGAGACAAAAGCAAGAUGGCAGUCAGACCACUGGACAAAAAGAAAAGGCUUAAGAGUCGUCGUACAGCUUCGUCAUCGUCUACCACCAGUUCAUCUUCAUCAUCAUCCUCAGAAUCUCGAAGUCGAAAGAGACCUCGUAAAGCAUCUCUGUCACAUGACCGAUCUGUAUCCAGAACUCACAAGACAAGAUCUCCGAUAGCCUCCACUGUCCGCAAAGAUUUAAAGGGGGAUAAGAAGAAAAGAGGAGGAAGUGCAGGUAUGUUAAUGAUAUCAAAUAAAAAUGACCCAAGUGAGGAUCUUGUCUUCGUUAACAAUUUCAAGUAAAAAUACCCAAAUGCUGGUAUAUUUUAGCAAAUGAUAUCAAGUAAUAAUACCCAAGUGCUGGUAUGUUGUCCAAAUGAUAUCAAUUUAAAAUAACCCAAGUGCAGGUAUGUUUUGGCAAACGGUGUCAAGUAAAAAUAAUCCAAGUGGAGUUGGAACAGUUUUGAGAUAUUAUGUGCAAGUGAUGUUCAACUUUCAUUAAAAUUUAAAUGAAACAAACUAAACUAUGUUAGACACAGGGUGUGCUGAGGAGGCCAUGCUAGACACAGGGUGUUGUGAGGAGGCCAUGUUAGACACAGGGUGUGUUGAGGAGGCCGUGUUAGACACAGGGUGUGUUGAGGAGGCCGUGUUAGACAUAGGGUGUGCUGAGGAGGCCAUGUUAGACACAGGGUGUGCUGAGUAGGCCAUGUUAGACACAGGGUGUGCUGAGGAGGCCAUGUUAGACACAGGGUGUGGUGAGGAGGCCAUUUUAGACACAGGGUGUGCUGAGGAGGCCAACUAAAUAGUUCUCUUCUUUCUCAAUUGACUUUAGUAACUCAUUGAUUUUAAUGUCAGUUUAAAAGAUGGGGGGGGGGGAAUUGAAGAACAGGAUUUUACAACAAAACAAAUUUCUGAGUUUAAGAAAUGGAUGUCUUUGUAAACCCUUGUCAUAACUGAUGGAACAUUUUCAUCCUUAAUCAGAAACAUGGGUGAGGACCAAGGAUCGUGGCAAUGAACCAAAACAGAGACAGAGCUUGGACAGGGGCAGAGAUAAAGAUAGGGGCAGGAAGGGUGACAGGGUAACCGCCAAUCGACGCACUCUUUCUCAAACGGUGACCAAGGUUGUCAAAGUUGGCAGAAAUGAUUCUAGAGAUGGGCGGAAGGAGGUAAGGGAUCAGAAGGCUGGGAAAGCAGCAGACUCAAAAGAUGCCGUUAGGAGGGAUAAUCGAGAUGGAGUGAAACCUGACCGGGUAGAGCACCGCAAGGAGGGACAGAGAGAACGAGACAGUAGCAGAGGAGAUCACAGGGAUGCAACUGUCAAGGAUAGAGAGAAGAGAGGCAUGUCACAAGAUAGGGAUGACAGGCUCAGGAGGGGAACACAACAGGUAGGUCGAGCUUUUUGUUUUAAUCCUUGUCAUGUUGUUCUAGAGAGGUACCUCUAUACAUAUCUCACCAUGAAUCAAUCAAAAGGAAAUGUAGGGACUGGUGGGAAGUGGAACACUGAUGCAAGAACCAUGAAGAUCUCACCAGAGCAUAGAUGUAUAAAUUCCAGAAGUGGUUUUAAAGUUCUGCAUAUUUGUGGGGUAAAUUUGUUUUGGCCUCAGAAUCAUUUUCAUCAGUUCUCUUCUGAGGAUGACUAGGGAGAAGAAAUAUUACUGGUAUGGAAAAGUGACUUACUUCAUAUUUGAUGCCAGUGGUGAGAACCAUCAAUUAAUCAAAUAACUGAAGUUAACAAAAGGAAAGCAAGGCCACCUGGCAAAGAUUGCAUUAUAAGGAAACAGAUACAAUCGAUAACAAUGAUUAAUAAUAAAUGGAACCAGUUACAAAAAAAAUUACUAUCAUCAGUUACAAUGCAAUCAGAUAUUACAUCUAUGCUAACACUGUUAAAGACAAAUAUAAAAACUUGUGUCUAAAGAUUAUUGAUAAAAUAUUUCAAUAUGAACCACAAUUUCCACUGGCAGAAAGAAAAGAUGUGUUGUACCAGUGGUCUGAGGUUCUGUGCUGCCUGUGUUGUUGUGCCAGUGGUCUGAGGUUCUGUCCUGCCAGUUUGUGCCAGUAGUCUGAGGUUCUGUCCUGCCUGUGUUGUUGUGCCAGUGGUCUGAGGUUCUGUGCUGCCUGUGUUGUUGUGCCAGUGGUCUGAGGUUCUGUCCUGCCUGUGUUGUUGUGCCAGUGGUCUGAGGUUCUGUCCUGCCUGUGUUGUUGUGCCAGUGGUCUGAGGUUCUGUCCUGCCUGUGUUGUUGUGCCAGUGGUCUGAGGUUCUGUGCUGCCUGUGUUGUUGUGCCAGUGGUCUGAGGUUCUGUCCUGCCUGUGUUGUUGUACCAGGAGUCUGAGGUUCUGUCCUGCCUGUGUUGUUCACAUUGUAAGGGGGAAAAAAAGUAGCUUACAAUUGACAAUUGAUGAUCUUGCUUUCUUUCAACCCCUUUCAGGCUGAUCGAGGCAGCCGCUUUCCUCAGAGAUCUGGUGAAGAUGGAGACAGGCGUCAUUUUGAUGAACCAAGGGGACGAUUUACAGGUGAAGGGCAGAGGAUUGGUCAGUUUGGAGGAGACAGGCAAAGAGGAGGGUUUGAUUCUGG